UGGACAGAAAUAUAUCUUAUUAAGGGUAACAAAAAACACAGUAUCUAAACUACGCGAAAAACGCAUCUGAAGUGAUUUGAAUGAAUCUAGCUUUUUGGGGGAGAGAAACAUCUGUCAGACGAUUUCCCUAUCUCCGGAGGACACAAAGAAUGGCAACUGAAGUGCAAGCAAAACUGGCAAUCGGACCCAGGGAUGGGAUCCAGUAUCCUUUAUCAAUUCAGUAUUGUGGCAACUGCUCGAUGCCGCUGGAAUAUUGUGAAUACUAUCCAGAGUACGAAAAGUGCAAGCAGUGGUUGGAGAAAAAUCUUCCGGAUGAAUUUCUCAGAAUAAAACUUGGUACAUCAGAUGGUGUUACCGGUGGACCCGUUAAGGUGGCCGGCUCUGCCGAUGGUGAUGAUGCAGCAGGUGGUGGUGGCGAAGAGGAUAAGAAACGUCAGAAACGUGGUGGUAAGGGUAUGAUGAAAACCAAAAAAGCCAAAGACGACGUUCCGAAAAAGAUUUGUCUUUCCCGCUCGGCUCGAGGCAAAAAGAAGUCGGUUACGGUUGUCACUGGAUUGGCAACGUUCGACAUCGAUCUGAAAGUUGCGGCCAAAUUUUUUGGAACCAAGUUCGCCUGCGGUUCUUCUGUAACCGGGGAUGACGAGAUCGUAAUUCAAGGCGAUGUGAAGGACGAUCUGUUCGAUAUCAUUCCUGAAAAAUGGCCUGAAAUUGAUGAGGAUUUCAUCGAAGAUCUUGGUGAUCAGAAGCGGAGUUAAGCUUGAAAACUUAUAUUCGUGUUUCUGAUUAUGGCGCUGUUUUAUUUUAAAAAUAAAUCAUUUCUUAA